UUUUGACGAGUAACAGUUCCUCGAAGUGAUAGAUAGAUGACAUUUUAGGUAAUUAGGAGUUAAAGGUUUUAUUUUACCCAUGGAUGUUUGUUUUGGUAAUGAUUCUCUCUGUCUCUCUCUCUCCGAGGAGGAAGGUGCUUGAUUUGAGUAAAAACAGGAGCAGAUAGUGUGGCUCUUGACUGGGAGCUUCAGGACGGGGAGGAUGUGUGUUGCAUGAGAAGGUCCCUCAUUUAUUGUUCUUGCAUAGGAAGGCAUGACUUUCUAGCUGUUUAAACUCUCUCAACUGCUCAUGCAUAUGAAUCUCUUCUCAUUUGGCGCUGUCUUCUGUCUCCAUUGCUUUCCCCUUUAUGAAAGGAAGAGAGAGCAUAUGUCCUGUCUGUGUGGAAACUUCAGUUACUUGUGAACUGGGGUGCCCUUGACGUUGUAGGACUUUUGAGAAGAUGGAGUCUCAUGAUGAGACUGGAUGCCAAGCUCCAGAGGGCCCCAUCCUCUGCAUUAACAACUGUGGCUUCUUUGGAAGUGCUGCUACCAUGAACAUGUGUUCCAAGUGCCACAAGGACAUCAUACUGAACCAGCAACAAGCACAACUGGCAGCAUCAUCCAUUGAAAGCAUUGUGAAUGGAAACUCUAGCGGGAAUGGAAAAGAACCUGUGGUUGCUGGUGCCGUUGAUGUACAAGCUGCACCUGUAGAGGUGAAAAUCAUUUCCACAGAACCAUCCAUUGCUUCAAGCAAGCCUUCUGAGAUGAAGGCAAAAGAGGGACCCAGUAGGUGUACCGCUUGCCGAAAGCGUGUUGGUUUAACAGGGUUCGGUUGUAGAUGUGGAAACCUGUUCUGUGCAAUUCAUCGUUACUCUGACAAGCAUGACUGUCCCUUUGAUUAUCGGACUGCUGCUCGUGAUGCUAUUGCUAAAGCCAACCCAGUUGUCAAGGCAGAGAAGCUUGAUAAGAUCUAAGAGCCAUGGACUGAAGUGAUUGUUUAUGUAAUCAAGUAUGAUUCUUCUCCUUCUGUCCUUGCGUCCUUGUUUAAUUGUGGCAGCUUUGUCCUGUCUAGUGUCCUUCAUUAAUAAAAAUGGUUCAGGGCAUGAUAGGACAUUGUCGCAGUCCAAGGAAUUUUAUAUUUCUAGUUGAUUGGCGAGGAUUCCUUUGUUAGCUCCAGUGUGCAAGUCUUUAUCUGUGUUGGUUUGUGGACAUGGUUACGGGUUACUUUGUCAUGUUAUUUGCUGGUUGGUACGCAUUUUUUUUUCUGGUAUUGCAUGGAAAAUUGAUCUGCCCCGAUGCGUAUAUGUGUACAUUUUUCAGUUGUUCAUAAAUCUUUCAGCAGUUUAAUGCUUUUA